AUGAAGCUGCGGCACGCGCUGAGUGCUGUCAUAGCUACUGCAGGCUUAGUCGCUCAUUCGACAGCGCAAGACUGGCCGUUGCAUGACAAUGGCCUCAACAAAGUUAUCCAAUGGGAUCACUACAGUAUCCAGGUGAAUGAAGAACGGUUGUUUCUUUGGUCAGGAGAAUUGCACCUAUGGCGAAUCCCUGUGCCCGAGUUAUGGCGCGAUAUCUUCCAGAAAAUCAAAGCCGCUGGUUUCAACGGAAUAGGCCUGUAUGAGCACUGGGGAUGGCACGCCCCCAACAACGAGACCUUGGACUUCGAGACCGGCGCUCAUGAUUUUGCCAAGGCAUUUGCGCUCGCAAGGGAAAUCGGCCUUUACGUUGUCUACCGACCCGGGCCGUACAGCAACGCCGAAGCGAACGGCGGAGGCUUCCCUGGCUGGCUGACGACUGGAGAAUACGGCCCUCUUCGCGAUGAUAGCGAAGAAUAUACAAGGGCCUGGACGCGAUACUCCGAAGCGGUUGCGGAAUAUGUCCGGCCACAUCUCAUCACCAAUGGUGGUCCUAUCAUCAUCUGGCAGAUCGAAAAUGAGUAUGGCAAUCAGUGGCUGGAUGGGGAGUUGAAGACACCCAAUGAGACGGCCAUCAACUAUAUGCAGCUCCUUCAAGACAAACACAGGGAGUGGGAAAUCAAUGUACCUCUAUCGCACAACAACCCCAAUAUGUGGACGCGAUCGUGGUCGAAGGACUACAGCAACGCCGGUGGUGAGGUCGACAUGUAUGGCCUCGAUCACUACCCAGCAUGUUGGACUUGCAACCUGGCUCAAUGUCUCCCUACCAACGGCCAUGUGGAGCCGUACACUGUGUUUGACUACUACGAUCACUUUCAGGAGGUCUCGCGAACGCAGCCCUCCUUCCUCAUGGAGUUCCAGGGGGGCUCGUUCAACCCUUGGGAUGGACCUGAAGGCGGCUGUAAGGAGAACAUUGGACCUGAAUGGGUAAACCUAUUCUUCCGCCACAACCUGGCCCAGAAGGUAUCUGCAGUCAACAUUUACAUGCUUUACGGAGGCACAAACUGGGGUAACAUUGGCUUCCCCGAGGUCGGCACUAGCUAUGACUACUCAGCACCUAUCCACGAAAACCGUCUGAUCGGUGACAAGUACAACGAAGGCAAGCUUUUUGGUCUGUUCAUGCGAUCUGCGCGUGACUUCACAAAAGUCGAGCGAGUAGGAAACGGCACGGACUACGCUACAGAUACUGACAUAUUCACAACGGAGCUCCGCAACCCUGAUACUGGCGCUGCCUAUUAUGUUACCCGCCAUGACUACUCACCAUCUACAGACCUGACCAGAUUCCGUCUUCAUGUUACCACUGAGAUUGGCAACCUAACGGUCCCGAGGAAGGGAUCUAUUACUCUUAAUGGAACAGAGUCGAAGGUUCUGGUCACCGACUUCAGAAUCGGGUCAUCUGGAAAGAAAAUCACUUAUUCUACCUUGGAGGUUCUCGCGGUGAGCGAUCUAGGGGACCGCCAGGUAGUCGUAUUCUGGGCCCCUCAAGACGAACAGGGGGAGUUCUUGCUUCAAAACGCAAAGUCAGGCAAGGUUAUGAGAGGAAGCGGCAAUAAUGAUACGAUCACUAGGACUCGGAACGGACUUGUGACGAACGUCGUCACAGGCACAGAAAAUACCGUCAUUGACUACAGCAACAAUGUCCAAGCUGUUGUGGUUGAUCGCCAGUCCGCUUACAAGUUCUGGGCUCCUACCUUGGAUAACGACCCUCUCGCAUGGGAAAAUUCUACAGUGCUCGUCCACGGGCCGUAUCUCGUCCGCACGGCAGAAAUAAAGGGCAAUACGAUGCACGUCACAGGUGACUGGGACGAGGAGACCGAUAUCGAGAUCUGGGCCCCGAAGAAGGUGAAACAUGUCACUUUCAACGGCUCUAAACUCAAAGCCUCGGUGUCAAAGUACGGAAGCCUGAUCAGCACUCUUCCUGCUCCGGAGGUUACCAUCGAAAGCCUGACUGCCGAUCUGCCCAGCCUUAGUGACUGGAAAGUAGCGGAUAAUCUCCCAGAGGCAGCAGCAGAAUAUGAUGACUCCAAUUGGACUAACGCCGACCAUAUGCAAACCCCCCAUUUCGUUCCCCCUGAUACCUACCCGGUUCUGUUCGCCGAUGAGUAUGGCUACCAAGCCGGCAACAUCCUGUGGCGAGGCCACUUCAAUGCCUCAGAGGAUGAGAUGCCCUCGGGUGCUUACCUUCGUGUCAUCGGCGGUCUUGCAAGUGGCUUUUCAGUCUAUGUCAACGGCGAAUUCCUUGGAUCCUGGCUCGGAUCGAUGUCCAAUAAAACCGGAGAGUUAGAGGUGUCGUUCCAGAAUGCUACCCUCAAGACAAACGAUGAGAACGUUAUACUUGUCAUCCAAGACACUAUGGGCAAAGAGCAGCGUGAGGCUGCACCAGAUCCACGAGGCAUUCUCAAUGCUACAUUGUAUGCUGCGGAUGGCUCGGCUACCAAUUUCUCCUCUUGGAAGGUCGCCGGGAACGCUGGUGGGAACCAUCUCCUCGAACCGGUGCGUGGUACAUACAAUGAAGGUGGUCUACAUGCUGAGCGCCUUGGCUGGCAUCUUCCUGGUUUUGAUGACAGCGAUUGGGAGUCUGGAGCCCCAGUUGACGGAUUCACUGGAGCUGGAUCACGCUUCUACCGGACUGUUGUGCCAUUGGAGAUUCCCAAGGGCUAUGAUGCCAGCUUAGCAUUCCAGUUGCAUACUGAGAAGAAGGCAAAACUUCGGGCUCAGCUCUAUGUCAAUGGGUAUCAGUUUGCAAAGACCUUGCCCUUCAUCUCAAAUGCAACAACCUUCCCCGUGUUCCCCGGUAUUCUCAACUACAAUGGCUACAAUACCAUUGGUCUCAGCAUCUGGAAUAUGGAUGAGGCUGGGGUAUCAGUUGAGGUACAAUGGAAGGUGAUGGGUGUGCAUCGCUCAGCAUUUGAUCCUCUGUUUGAUAGCGAAUACCUGAGACCCGGGUGGAGUGAUCGCUCCCAGUAUGCGUGA